CCGACACCUAGUGGUGAUCUUUAGAACCCACAGACCUGAGACCUGCCACAAGUGAAGUCAAAAGAUGUUGGCUAGAAUGUCAUUAUCCCACUUACGCCGGUUGGUAGCGACAUGUGGCAGGCGGAAUAUUGGUUUCACUGCGAUAGCAGCACAGAAAACUGCCAAGCUUGAUCCUAUUCAGCAAUUGUUUGUCGACAAAAUACAUGAAUACGACACAAAAAGCAAGACUGCAGGUGGAGGGCUAGUCGACCCUUCUCCAGAAAUCGGGAAGGAAAUGCACGAUGAACAGGAGAAAAUUAAGAGGCAGUACUCUGAUGGCAAAGAAGUGAACCUAUCUGAUUUCCCCUCUUUUCAAUUCACAGAGCCAUCUGUGGAUCCUAUAAACAUGGAUGGGAAGAAGUGAGACCAAUAAACAACUAGGACAAAUUUCCUGAACUUGUACUUGAUACAAGUUCGUCUAUAGCAUCAGUAGCAUCUAUACAACUGAAAUAAUUUAUACAUAGCGAGUUUAAUUUCUCUUUAUGAAUAGUCGUGUUUGUUAAUUGUUACAGUUACUUAAUUAAAAUGGAUAGUUUCAUUGUUA